CUCAGACUUUCCGGAACCUGACAACGCCAGGACCGUUUGGCGGAAGCCCGUUGGCAGGCCACCGCUCUCUGGGUCACCCAUGGAUCCCGCAGGGUCUGACGGGGAAUGUGCGCCUGACGGCACCAGGGAUAUGGAGCCUCAGGGCCCAGACCAGGACGAGGGCACCGGCUUCCUCAGCCUGGGCGUCGACGAGGAGCAGGAAGUGCCGCAAGAACCCCAGCCUGAGGCGAUGUCGCUAAGCGGAGAGCCCGGAGACCCCGAGGCUCCCGGAGACGCCGGAGAGGGAGCGGCGGAAGCAGGGGCCGAGUUCGCACCUGAGCGGGGCCCUGGAGCCACUGAAGUCCAGGAGGAGGCGGACAGCGAUGGCGUCAGCGACAGCGAUGGCGUCGGCUACAGCGAUGGCGUCGGCGACAGCGAUGGCGACGGUGUCGAAGAGGCGGUGGACGGCCGCGAGGCCGCAGAAUUUCUACUGCCUGCGCCAGGGCAGCUGGAGCUGGAGAAGCAGGAGGGCCAGCCCAAGCCGGAGGGGCCACAGGGGGCCGAAGGGCCGCCGCUGCCGCAGGGCCCGCCGGCCCAGGCCCCCGCCCCAGGCCGGGCACCAGCGCCCGGGCCGCCGGGGGCUCAUAGAGUCCCGUUCAGCCGGCUGCAGCUGCGCGAGCUGGAGGGCUUGUUCCAGCGCACUCAGUAUCCCAACGCGCUGAUGCGCCAGGAGCUUGCAAGAUUCAUGAACGUGCCUGAAGCCAGAGUGCAGGUUUGGUUUAAGAAUAGGAGGGCCAAGUGGAGGAGACAUCAGAGGGCACUGAGGUUCAGAAACAUGCCCCCCGUGGCCAUGCCCCCCCCCGUCGUCGUUAACGUGGGUGGACCCUGCCGUGCCAUCCUCAUUCAGGAGCCGGAAUACAUGUGGGUUCUUCGCGAGCCAGUGCUGCUGGGCCCCCCCCAGCCGCCCAUGCCACCCUUUCCUGUUGUCUUCUUGCCUCCUCCGCCCUGGCGCCCUCCGCCUUACCCGCCCUGCGGCUGCCCUCCCGUGGUCGCUCCCGGGUAUCCCCCGUCCAUGGUUUUCUUGUAAGCUCUUUUCCCACGGAAUGGCCUCCGUGACCGUUUUUUUCCCACGGGGCAACUUUUGCAGCCGAUUCCCGUUCUGUGGCGCUCACCCGAAAGAGCAGUUCACUAAAUGCCCGCUAAAUGUAUUCGAGAGAAGUGCAAAGUCACGGACCCUCCAUCCGGGGGCACUUGUUGUCUUUUCAAUAAAGUUAUGA